AUGAUUUACAACGAUCGAUUAACACCACCAAACUGGCCACCAUUAGUUCGUUAUCCAAGUUAUUAUCCUGCUCGACAAAUAAGUCUCCUGUGGUUUCUUAUUCUAACUAUCUUAUUAUUAAUUCUAAGUGUAGCUGCAUUGAUCAUUGUUUUUGCUGUUGAAAAUGCAUGGUUCCAUGAUAAUUUUGAGGGUUAUACAGUUCGAUAUGGUCUUUGGCGUUUAUGUUUUUAUGCAAAUAAUACAUGCGAUAGUUGGUUUUCUACUAGUGGACCUAAUAGUCCUUUUAUUGACCGUCGUCUUAAUGAAUCUAAAAGCGGUAUUAAUGCCUGGCAAGCUCUUGAAAUUGUAUUUCUGUUUUUAACAACGGCAACAUUAAUUAUUGCUAUAGCUUCUAUUAUUUGUUAUCGAUUUCGAAAUGGUUUUCAUUACUAUUUGGCUAUAUUAUCUAUGUUUUGCAUUUGGCCAGCAGUCGCCAUUGGUAUUUCGGUAUUAUUUGUCUUCGGUUUUUCUGUAUAUAAUGUUGCAACAACACCACGUGAUCUUGAUUGGUGUUUUUAUGUAAAUUUGGUUGCCGUUAUACUUGUUCUUUUAGGUGCUAUACUUUUAUCUAUUUAUGAUGUACUCUUGAAAAAGCCAAUUAGAGCUGUUGACGAUGAUAAUGUUAUUGAAACAUUUGCUGAUCUUAAUGGUUAUCCAACAACAUUAAGUCCAUCAACGUUUGUUAUUGUUAGACGAGAUAAGAAAAAAAGAAAUAAACCUUAUGAUUAUCCCCAAGUACUUCGUCCAAAUCAUUAUUUACCAACAACAGUAGCUAAUGGUGGUGUCAAUAUAGAUUAUAUAUCUAAUCCUAAUCAUAAAUCGCUUACACCUUAUACAUCCAUUACGACUACUCAAGAAACUAAUCUAACUAGUCAACAGCAACUACCACAACAAUACCAACAAAAACAGCAACAAUUAAAAUCAUAUCAAAGUUUUGAACGCAAUCGUACUGAUCUUAUAGCAUCACCAUCGGCAACAACAAUGCCACCACAAUUAUCAAUACCAGUUCCACCACAACCUUAUCGAAUACCAUCAUCACCUUAUCAAUAUCAACCACGUCCGUCUCCACCACAUUGGCGUCGAACAGGAACAAAUGCAAUGAAUCAAUCGAUUGGUUAUGCGUCUGAACCUACAAUUGAUUAUGUUCAACGUGAUUAUUAUCAACCAAAUCGAACAAAUCCAAUUGAAAGAAGAUUUGAGCAAAAACAAGAGCCACGUGUUUUACAUUAUUAUACAGGUUAUGAUUAUUUUGCUACUAUUGAUCCAGUUAAUACUGUUUUAACAAGACAUCAUCCAUCAACAAUGGGACCUGGUCCCACCAUAAGAUACAGUGGUAAUCCAUCUUAUCAUCCUCAAAAUGACUAUAUAAAGAGUACAUUGUAA